GGUUCGCUGGUAACGAGUUCGAGCUGUACGACCGGACGGAGGAGAAUCCCACGACGCCGUGGUAUCCGGGUGCUGCAUGAACCAAGAUGCGAGCCCUCGCCUUCGAGUCGUUCGACGAAAUGACCAAGAAGGGAGUUCCGUCGAUGACACGCCAAUCCCGUCCCGAUCGAUUCCUUUCAUCGAGGGAGAAAGUUGUUGGAACGCGACUCUCGGAUUGCUCGUGUGAGUUCUCGACAUGGCUCUCCGUCAUUUGCUAAGAGGUUGGUGGAAUCCCUGGUCAGUGGUUUGAGACAAAGUCAGUCUCCGCAUCCGGUCCACCUACGUCAAGAUCCACCGCAUGUGAAUCUCGAAGCACCAAGAGGGCGUGCAUGAUUGACCUGGAAAAUGGAGGGGACGACUUGUUCAGACUUGGACUGGUCUUAAGAUGCCAUUCCUUCUCUUCCGAUAGUUUCCGAGAGGGGAAAAAGAUCUGAGGAGGAACAAGGCAGAGAUGGCGAAAGGCAUAUUGGAGGUGCAGCUGAUCGAUGCCAAGGGGCUGAAGGACACCGAUCUAAUAGGCAAGAUCGACCCGUACGUGGUGAUUCAAUACAGAGGCCAAGAGCGCAAGAGCAAAACUGCGCGAGAUUCUGGUGGUGCAGGCCAGGGAAGUAAUCCAUCUUGGAACGAGACGUUCAAGUUCUUGGUCAACUCGGCGGCCGCAGGCAAUCAUCAGCAGCACAAGAUCACCAUGAGGGUCAUGGACCAUGAUACGUUCACAGCUGAUGAUUUCCUCGGUGAGAGCACGAUCCAUGUUGGAGACCUGAUUACUCAGGGCAUGGAGAAUGGAACCGGAGAGCUGCGCCCCACCAAGUACAGUGUGGUUCUUUCUGACCGAAGCUAUUGCGGAGAGAUCCGUGUUGGUGUUACUUUUACCGCGAAGAUGGAAGAAGAGAACACAGAAGAGUUUGGUGGAUGGAGCCACAGCUUUCAUGGCUAGGUUGGCUCACUUCUCAUCAUUCAGUCAUUGGAUUGCCGUGUAUCCAUCAAAACCUCAAAAAGCAAUGCUUUUGUUUGUGAUUUUGUAAAGUGUGAUGGUUUUGUGGUCAAUGAGUUGAUGUAAUCUACAUUAAUGUGCUUCGCAUUUCUCUAAACAAGUUUACUACUUUGCCAGUA